AGUGGCUGGUCCGGUAUUUCUGCCACCACCUGUUCUCUCCUGCAGGACCUUACCUGUUCCUCGCUCCAGCGCUGCAGUCUUCCCGCGGCGGCUUCUGUGACAGCCGGGUGCUUACUGCGCAUGCAUGAGAAGCUCUGCAUAAUCUGAGUCCGGUAAUCUCCUUUACGGUCUGCAGUCUCUGGUCAUCCCCUGUACUAUGUCCGCAGUCUCUGGUCAUCCCCUGUACUGUGUCCGCAGUCUCUGGUCAUCCCCUGUACUGUGUCCGCAGUCUCUGGUCAUCCCCUGUACUGUGUCCGCAGUCUCUGGUCAUCCCCUGUACUGUGUCCGCAGUCUCUGGUCAUCCCCUGUACUGUGUCCGCAGUCUCUGGUCAUCCCCUGUACUGUGUCCGCAGUCUCUGGUCACUGUACUGUGUCCGCAGUCUCUGGUCAUCCCUGUACUGUGUCCGCAGUCUCUGGUCAUCCCCUGUACUGUGUCCGCAGUCUCUGGUCAUCCCCCUGUACUGUGUCCGCAGUCUAUGGUCAUCUCCUGUACUGUGUCCGCAGUCUCUGGUCAUCUCCU